UUUAGGGUUACAACCCUAAAUAUGGUAGCGGAACUCGGUGCUGAACAGGGUACGAACUUUUAUGACGAUCAGUCUCCUCUCGCGUCUCUCCUCCCAAGCUCAGUUGUGGUUAGGCCUGCUACUUGAACGGAUACACCUCUCGCCGUGAUCCCUCUUUGGCAACCAUGUCGCCUCAACCUCCCGCGCCGCCGUCCUCGUCGUCGCAAUCGACGGUGGAGCUGGCUGCAGCGAUCGAGCGGUCAUUGUCGCGCGUGCACGAGCUGGAGCGCACUGUCACGCUCUUCCACGAGUCCAACCAGCUGCUGCUCCUCGAUCGCAUCAACGGCCUGGUCACGGGGUUCGCGGAGCUACUCAGCGCAGCGGAACAGUGCGAGGCUCAUGUGCCGCUGGGCGUGCUCAGGUGCGUGGACGAGGGGCGCAACCCCAACGAGGUGACGCGCGAGCUGCUGCGCGGGUGCGUGGAGCACAACGCCUCCACCAAGGGCAAGGUCGACGCCUUCAAGGCAUUGCGCUCGCAGCUGCUGAGCGAGAUGGACCGGGUGUUUCCUGAGGAGACAGAGGCCUACCGCGACCUCCGACUGCACUCCCUGCAGUUGGCGCAUAAGGAGAGGGAGGCGGCACAAGCAGCAGAGGCAGCUAAAGCAGCGGAAGAAGCCAAAGCAGCAGAAGAAGCCAAAGCAGCAGAAGAAGCCAAAGCAGCCGAGGCGGCACAAGCAGCCGAAGCUGCUAGAGCAGUAGAGGAAGUGAAGGCAGCAGGGGCAGCCAAAGCAGAGGAGGAAGCACGGGGUAAGGCAGCAGGUGUGAAUGGGGAGGGAGACACUGAGAAGGAGAUGAAUGGCGGAGAUGUGAGGGGGAGGAACGAGGGGGUGGAGGACAUGGGAGAUGGGCUCAAGCAGAGGCAAGGGGAGGUUGAAGGUGUUGUGAGUCAGAGCAAUGGCCUUACCUCCGCUGGUGCUGAUGCUUCUGCUGUUACUGCUGGUGUUGCUGGUGCUGCUGGUGCCGCUGGUGCUCGUGAUGCUGGUGCUGGUGCGGUGAACCAAAGUGGAGAAGCAGGGCCAAGUAUAAGGGUAGGGGAGGAUCUGAAGGCAGAAGAGCCUGCAGGUGACAGGAGUCCAGGGCAGGGAGCUGUGGCAGCAUCAGCAGGUGCAGGGGCAAAUGCUUCCGCUGGGGAUGGUGUAGGUGAGUUUGCACCAGGUGUCGCUGAUGAUGCUGGUGGCGAUAGUGAUGAUAUGGUGGAGUGGGACAAAGAUGAUGGGAAGGGGGUGUUAACUGUCGGCAUGGAACUUGGAGGUGAAACAGGUGUGAUGGACGUUCAGGGAGCAGGCAUGGGAGCAGGGGUUUUGGAGCAUGUGAACAAGAGGAAGGCUGAGGAUGUUUUGGCUAGUCGAGAGAAGGGAGGAUCUUCGAUCGAUUGAUGCAAGGGAGGACAGGGUUGGUUCAAAAGAAGCACAGACUAGAGAAGAGUUCUAAGAAUAAUGAAUGAGAUCAUGAGAGCUUACAGUUGUUGCCAUAUUGCUAUGUUGGGCUGUGGUUUUUCUUUUGUUUUCAAGGCAUUCCUUGUAUCAAAGUGAGAACUGAAUGAUGAG